UCUCUCUCUCUCUGUUUUCAAGACUAGGUAAAUUGGGCAUUCUGGUUGGGGCCUUUGAUUGAUUCUAGUAGUAGCUAGCAAGCAGUAUAAUAUUUGUGAAAGUUUUAUUAAGAAAGGAAGAUGGAGAAUAAUAAUGAAACAGCAGCAGCAGCAGGAGGAGUGCAAGUGCAAGGUGUGAGGAGGAUGAAGAGGGCGGAGAUUGAUACAAGGCAACCAUUCCGAUCUGUCAAAGAAGCUGUUUCAUUGUUCGGUGAAAAGUUUCUUGCAGGGGAACUCUAUGCCACCCAGCUCAAACAGAUGCAGAAUGGAGCACAUGAAAAUGGGCAUCGGCAUGGCCCUGCAUCCAGAAUUGGAAGCGUGACAGCGGAGCUAGAGGAGACAAAACAAAGCCUCCAAAAAGCCAGAGAAGAAAGCGAGCUCAUGGAAAAUUGCCUUUCAUCUCUAAAACAGGAGCUUGAACGGACAAAGCGAGAGCUCCAUCAGUUGAAGGAAAGGGAAUAUGAGAAACAGUUUGUAGAAGCGGAGAUCAUCGAAGACGUUAGGAAUAUAGUUGAAGACUCAGACUCAACCAAGUUUGAAAUGAAAACACAAACAUCUGAUGAGGAAGAAAGAAGCUUUGAGUUUCAAAACAAAAGAUAUGUGACAUUUGCAAAUCCACCUUCCCUUGCGCAAGUAAAGAUUGCACAAGGUUUAGGUGUUGAUGAAAAAUUGCAAAGACACCCUUCUCUUUCUCUCAAGAAGAAGAAAAACAAGCCUUUCAUUCCUCUAAUAGCUGGGAUGUUUUCUAAGAAGAAAGGAGGCCCACAAGUAGCCUAUCCUUGAUCCUUGAUGACUUUCAUAAAAAUCAUCAGCCCUGCUGCAUUUCUACAUCACACAUACAUACAUCUUCAUCUUGGUUCCGAUCCAAUAAUACUGCCGCUUGCAUGCCAACUCUUUUUUCCCAUCCCCCUUUGUGUAAUUGUAUUUUGUAUGUUUCAGUUCUAUUUUAUAUAUGUAUGCAAGUCUUGCCGGUAAAUUAGUUUGCUCGGGAUAAUAAGAAAUUGUAACACUUGAAGAAGAGAGUCUUUGAAUUAA